GAAGGGCGAAAUGGACAACUGCUUCGGGAAAACCUUGAUCUGCUUGCUGAAGUCAGAGAAGAAGCUCGGCUUCGAACUCUUGUAUACAAGCAGAAACUAGCCAACUUCUACAAUAAACGGAUCCUAAAGGCUGCCAUGGCAAUUAACAACAUUGUGUUGGCUGAGAUGGAAAUUCCAAAUGCUUACCUAGAUAACUCGCCCAAGGUUGUGAAUGGCUUUUACCUUUUGCCAGUCUCUCAGAGUGGAAAGAAUGUCUCAGUGAGGUCAUACAUCGUUACAUAACUGCUGACAACUUCUCCCCCGACCGCCUUCUUGACUACUUAGCCCUGUCAUCAGAAUACAUUACUCUGGAAAUGGUGAACAGGAUUGAGGCUGCUGUGCACAUUCGGAGACAGAAAAGGAAUUCAGUACACUCAAAAGGCUGGGAAGACAUCAUGAGGUGUCAAGCUCAAGGGCCUUGUUGGUGAGAUAGAAAGAGUAAGCUUCGAGCUCAAGGAGCUGAGAACCUUUUACACUAUUUAAGAUUACGCUUUCCAGCCCUCCCGCGGACUGCCUUUAUAAGCAAGAUCCAACAUAACAAGGUAGUAACAGUUACUACUAUAGAUGCAUUAUAGUUAACAGUUCUGCCUAUCGAAAGGGUUGCAUCAACAUCACAUGCAUAUCGACUUAGAAGAACAAAAUCUACUGCCUGUUUGAUUGGAUUAAUAUUUAUACAAAAUUUGUGAAAUGGAACUUUAAUUUUGGGCUUACUGGGGAUAUUACGAUGUCAUUGAAACUAAAAAAUACUUGGGUGUUUG